UCCUGAUUGGAUGAAAGCUCUAAAAUUCCCAAUCUCAACCAUUUCUCCCAAUCCAAACCCUCUUCCUGUUUUCCAUAAAUCUCUCUCCUCGCCAAGCUCCUGCUUCUGAUCAUGUUGAUUGCACAGAUUCUGCGGCGAUUCAGCUCAAUUUCUGCAGUCGUUGCGGAGAUUUGAUGAUUUUUUUUGCUUCGUCUUUGAAGAUCUGAUGUUUCUGUUGAUGAUUUGUUAGAAAUUUGUUCUUGUUUUUUGUUGUUUGAUCGCUGUUGACUAGCCAAACUAAAAACCCUAAGAAUUUGGGGAUUUUUGGGUAGAUCAGAGUAGAAAUUUGAUUUUGAUUGAUCUGUGAAGGUUCGUUCGGUGCAAUUUUAGCGUUCUUCAAGUCGAUUGUUGGAAUUUUUGUGUUUUUUGUCGUUUGAUCGCUGUUGACUAGCGAAAUUGGAAACCCUAGAAUUUGGGGAUUUUUUGCGUAAAUCAGAGUAGAGCUUUGAUUUCGAUUGAUCUGUUGCACAAUUAGGGUUCUUCAAGCCGAUUGUUGGAAUUUUUGCGUUCUUUUGUUGCUGUAUCGCUGUUGACUAGCAAAUUUGGAAACCCUAGAAUUUGGGGAUUUUGUGUAGAUCAGCGUAGAGGCCUGAUUUCGAUCGAUCUGUGGCAAAAUUAGGGUUCUUCAAGUCGAUUACUGAAAUCAAAACAUUCGAAAAUGGGGAAUUGUUGUGCUGUGCCACAAACCUCCGACGAGAAGAGCAGAGGGAAGCAUAAGCCGAAUCCAUUUGCUACGGACAACGGAGCAUACGCAGUCACCAAUGGCGGAUACAAAUCUUAUGUGUUGAGCAAUCCGACAGGUCGGAAUAUCGACGAAUUUUACGAGCUCGGGCGGGAGCUCGGCCGCGGCGAAUUCGGGAUAACGUAUUUGUGCACUGAUAAAAGCAGCGGCGAAGUGUUGGCCUGCAAAUCGAUAUCGAAGAAGAAGCUGCGGACGAGAGUCGACAUCGAAGACGUUCGUAGAGAAGUCGAGAUCAUGAAGCAUUUGCCUCAUCAUCCGAAUAUCGUGACGUUGAAGGACACCUAUGAAGAUGAUCAUGCUGUCCAUUUGGUUAUGGAGCUCUGUGAGGGCGGAGAAUUGUUCGAUCGGAUCGUCGCGAGAGGGCAUUACACCGAGAGGGCGGCUGCCGCCGUUACACGCACCAUUGUUGAGGUUAUUCAGAACUGCCAUAAGCAUGGAGUGAUGCACCGUGAUCUUAAACCCGAAAAUUUCUUGUUCGGAAAUAAGAAGGAAACGGCGCCACUCAAGGCCAUUGAUUUCGGGCUUUCGGUUUUCUUCAAGCCAGGCGAGAGAUUCAACGAGAUUGUGGGAAGUCCUUAUUACAUGGCUCCGGAGGUUCUGAAGAGAAAUUACGGUCCCGAAGUCGACGUUUGGAGCGCUGGCGUUAUUCUCUACAUCUUACUUUGUGGUGUCCCGCCGUUUUGGGCUGAAACCGAACAAGGAGUCGCACAAGCGAUUAUUCGAUCGGUUGUCGACUUCAGACGCGACCCAUGGCCGAAGGUUUCGGAUAGAGCAAAAGAUCUAGUGAAAAAGAUGUUAAAUCCCGAUCCGAAACAGCGACUUACGGCCCAAGAAGUCUUAGAUCAUCCGUGGCUGCAGAAUGCGAAGAGUGCUCCGAACGUGUCGCUCGGCGAAACCGUACGAGCUCGGCUGAAACAGUUCUCGAUGAUGAACAAGCUGAAGAAACGAGCUUUAAGGGUAAUCGCCGAGCAUCUUUCGGUUGAGGAAGUUGCCGGAAUUAAAGAGGGAUUCCAAUUGAUGGAUACCGGAAAUAAGGGGAAGAUCGACAUUAACGAGCUGAGAGUCGGUUUGCACAAGCUCGGUCAUCAAAUCCCUGACGGAGAUCUUCAAGCUCUCAUGGAAGCCGGCGACGUAGAUAAAGAUGGAUAUCUUGAUUGUGGAGAGUUUGUGGCGAUUUCCGUGCACCUUCGGAAAAUGGGCAACGACGAACAUCUACGAAAAGCCUUUGAGUUCUUCGACUCAAAUAAAAAUGGAUAUAUAGAGAUCGAAGAAUUGAGGGAAGCCUUUGCCGACGAAGCGGAGGCUACAAGCGAAGAAGUAAUUAACGCCAUCAUACAAGACGUCGACACGGACAAGGACGGAUGCAUAAGCUACGAGGAGUUUGCGGCGAUGAUGAAGGCUGGCACGGAUUGGAGAAAAGCGUCGAGGCAAUAUUCGAGAGAGCGAUACAAUAAUUUGAGCUUGAAAUUGAUGAAGGACGGAUCGUUACAAAUGAGCAACGACGAUAGAUAACCACAAUACGAACGAACAAAGCGAUUGUUCUUUCCGGGUAUGUAAGUGAAGGCGAAACACUAUUUUUAGAUCUCUAAUGUUCCUUUUAUCGAUUUUAUUCUAAAAAAAAAAAAACGAUCGAUCGAUCUUGCUUGUGCGAUUCUUGUCGUCGAGGAUAAAUAGACUAGACGUAAGUCCUUAGCUUGUCGUAUUGUCGCGAUACCGACGUUUCUUCGAUUUUAUGUUGCUCAAUGUGUCUACGAAAUUGAAGGAUUUGUUGAUUUUUUUCUUCUUCUUUGGAAGAUGAGGAAGUGUUGUAAUGUGUUUGUAUGUGUAUGUAUAUAUAUAUAUAUAUCAUGUGUGUUUAUGUAUUGUUACA